UUUUUUCUUUUUUCAUUUUCAUUUUCUUCUUGCACCAGCAACUCGUGAUGGGUUGGCUGUCUGGCUGCUGCUGCUCUAGACUGAUUCAAUUUCUCCCGGAAGAAGAAAACAAAAUUAUCUCCGCAUUCGCCGGCUGCGAGUCUGUGCUGUGAAUUUCUUACUGUAUAACACUGAGUGGAACAUUGUGCAAUGUCCCUUGGACUGCAGUAACUUUUUUGCCCUUUGCCAAAAUAAAAAAAAAAGCAGGACAUGUGAUGCAGGGGAUAGGGGAAUAUCGGAACGGGGAACUUGGGCGCGACCAAUUUCACGUUGCAGGCUAAUUAAAACGCUUUCCAAACUAUGGUCGCUUUACAUGUCGAAUUCGGCGUUGCCUUGUUGACGUCAUCAUCGUGUGUGUGCUUUCAUCUUAUUACCAUCCAUCUCUUUCUUUUUCCCCGGAUCUGACCUUUUCUUCCUCGGUCCCCCCGUUGAAUUUUCCCGACUGCCGACGAGUUGCCUUGUCGAAUUCUGGCGCACGCAAAUCUCGUUACACGACCGAAUCAUUUGUCGCCCGUGCCGUGCCUUCCUUAUUCAGUUGCUGCAUGGUCGGGUCGAGUCGAGAGCGGAUGUCCUCGGCAAGGAGGAUGCACGUUGCACACAGCCCCGAGGAGGAAGAACAAGAGGACGAGAGAGAGAGAGAGAGAGCCCGAGUGUUUUAACAACCCCCUCUGUGAUGUGUUGAGCACGGCAUUUCCAUGAUUGAACUUGACUGACGUACAAUUGGAUUAAGAGAAACAGGAUCCCGUUUCACGUGGGUGUGUACGUCAUAGACAUUGCCGUGUUUGAAGGCAUCAGAUCAACACUUCAACUUGAAAUCGAAAUAUCUAGUCAGCCAGCGCAGGCCCAGGUCAAGCAGCUCGGCGUCAAGGGAUGAAUUCAAGAUAAUCAACGGGAUAAAAAAAUAAAAUAAAAACGCGGGAUCGAUAUCUUGCAACUAUCCAAUCAUCUAUAGUGAGUCCGUGUUUUUGAUGUGCUCUACCUAUCCGGUUCCGUCUUGGGCUUUAUAGUCUCUCCUGUUUUUCUUUUUUUCUUUUUUUUUUUCUUUUUACUGGAGUAGCUUAUACGAAAUAAGUCGACAAGAAACACGUACGUGACUGGUAUUAGUGACGACUUGAGCAAUGGAAACGAGCGAUGAGAGAAACACGGGGGUUGACGACAAGUAGAUUAAUGACGAGCUCUUUUUACAAUUAAUUCGCGUACGCAGUGCGCCGUUUACCGCCGGCAUUAUGCAAUAUCUAGCAUCCGCGUCUUCGCAAGACCUUGCCCCCGUUUAAUUUUGUAUUUUUCCCGCCCUCCCGACUUUUUUUUUUAUAUUUGGUAGAUUUCUAUUUUGUUUGUCUUGGUGUGUGUGUGUGUUUUGUGUUUGUUCGCUGCACGACGUCUGGCGCCAGCGGAAUUAAUAGACUAGUCAGGGUGGGCGCGCGCGCGUGCGGAUGUUAGGCUACUGCUGAUGAUGCUGGAUUCUUGCGGGAUUUUUUUUUUACCCCUCCCCCCCUUCCUUUUCUUGUGUGAGACGCCUUGCGACAUAAUAAUCCCGUGACGUGGUGGUGGUGGUGGAGAUGCAUUAUUGCCGGUUUGAAGGCUUUGCCUGCUGCGUUGGAUGUGCGUCCGUCUUCUUGUCGUCUUGGAUCAGCAAUUUUUUGUUUCCCCGCUCGCGUGUAUGUGUGUGUGUGUGUGUGGUUGUGGCUUAAGAGUCCGUCGCCGCCGCGGCGUUGGUGAUGAUGAAUGGAAUCUCCAAGCUUGUGUAGUAGUUGCUAUUUAUAGUCACUGUUAUAUCUGCGCCUAUAAAUCGUCAUCGCGCAUCAUCAUUAUUCAAAAGCAUUUGAGCGGAAAGGGGAAACGUUGUAGUAUGUAGAUUUAUGGGAUAAUGAUGGGGACGACAACGACGCCUGGCAAAGAAUAAGGAAAAACAAAAAAAGAAGCGGCAGCUAUCGAGUAGUACUCCUCCCCGAGUUUGAAGAGUAGCCGGCCCCAAGUUAUUAUGUGUCUUUGAGGUUUAGCCAAGUUGAAGCCAACCCCAUUGUGUGUGUGUGUGUGUGCACAGCCACAGAGAGAGAGAAUAGUGCACGAUACAAUUUUCAAGGACAACCGAUGGACGAUUUCCAUCUUUCAACUUUAAUACGUGUAUGUAUAUAAAUAUCUACCGACGCUUUUAUGCCGCUUGGUUUGGAGAGGGUGGCAGGAGAAUCGCGUGACUUCGCAGCUCCUAUACACGAUUUCCUCCUUUCCAUAUUCAAAGGUGUGUGUACUACUACGUCGUAGUAUUCUGCUGUAUAUUGCGUGUUGGCAGGCGAUUUCCUGCCCUGUCCAGUCUGUUUGUAUAUGUUGUACAAUCGAUUGAUCGAUUUGUCAAUAUAACCUUUCUUCCUUAGCCUCUGGUCGCGAGGUUUUGGAGCCAAGAAAACUUUUUACUUUUUUUCUCCUGGCCCUCCUCUUCCUUAUUUUUUUAUUUAUUUUUUUUUGGACUCGCGCAACUUGAUCCCUUUUUCUCCCCCAAAAACGUUGACUGGAUUUUCUAUCAUUUUUUUCCCCCCUCUUCUCCCUUCCAUCUCAUCUGCCACGGCCAUGGUGCGGCACAUCAUUCGCCCCUUUCCUAUUAUUGGUCCUGCCGUGGCUUUUCUCAACUUUUCGACUGCGUGAGGGAUUGCGAUUGCUGUUCUCUCGUUUCUUGAUCUCUCUUUCGUCGAUUCAAUCCAACUUUUCUCUCUCUCGUCUUGUCGACUCCCACACCUCGACAUUUAGACUCGCGUUUUAAUGGGUUUGUAUGCGUGGCACAGGAGAGAGAGAGAGAUCUGACUUUGAUGCCCCUCCAGGAAAAUGCGAUAGGUGGUCGAUAUGGCAUCUUUGUGUUAGGCCUCGUACACGUCGAAAUCGCUGACGACAGCGCCGACGACACAGACUCCUGCUGAUGAAAUGGAUCGACAAAGUCACGAAAUGAACAGCAUGUUUCGCCUUUUCAGUCGCUAUUUGCUUUACUUGGCAGUAUCGAAAUCGUCAAUCUGCAUAUAAUCACGUCAUUCUUUUGUGUGUCGCCCCGCUUUUUGAUUUGCCCCCCACCCCCAGCACCUUCAUUCCUUUGGGUAGGUGGGUUAGAGAUCCCGAGAACUCGUCGUAUUAGACGAUCCCCCCACUUUUCCACAUUUCCAAUUCAGAAGCGAACAAUCAAAAAGCGAGCUUCAAAAGGGUAUAGUUAGCCUGUUCUCGGCGGAGCGUAUUUUAAGGCUGGAAAAGCGAGAAAAGGUUAUUUCUUUUAAUAUUUGCUUUAUUCAACAUUUCCCUCUCGAUGAUGCUGAGCCCUGCUAAGACUUGAAGCGCAGGUCCAGCCAAUCUGGUCACGGGGGGAGGGAUCGAUUGAUUCUGUUUGCGAAUUUGUAGACAUUAAAGAUCAACAUUUGACUCGUGUUGGUCGGUUGAUGGUAAUCUGGCCGUCUACCGUCUUUCGGCGGCCUUUGUUCUUCUCCGGCCCAACGAGAUUGGUCUGAUAUCGAGUUGAAUCCUUCUCUGCCGAUGCUCUCUCUCAGCUGCUGGCGCGCUGCUCAUAUUCCGGCACACGUGUUUGUCUAGGGAAAAUAGCGCCCCUGCCUCACCGAAAAAUCUUUUAUCGUCCCUUGCUAUUUGGGGAUGUCGUGUGUGGAACUGAUUGUUUGUAUGGGCUGAUGGUCUCUUAGCUCUUUCCUUUUUUUUCUUCCUUCUUCUUCCCCAUUUCCAUGUUGUGUGUGUGUGUGUGUGUGGAGAAGAGCGCGUGCGACUCUGAACGACCGAGAUGAAAGUAUGAAGAAGACGAAGGAGAAUAGACGACGGAGAAAUGUUUGGGAGGGAAAGAGGAAGAAGAAGAAGAAGAAGAGUCGACUAACUGAGAGACAUUGGGAGGGUAAUAGUAGUAUGUCGGGUACCUCGGAAUGGAGGGGGAGGGACAGCGUUCGUGCGUCACAAUGACGUCAGAGGUAGAGCCUUAGAUUUUCAUUGGUGGGAAUCGUCCAUCAGCAGUAUAGAAGGCAGAAGUGAACUUGUUUUGUCUUUCUCUCUCUUUCUGCCUGGCGCUCUCUUUCCGUUCCAUUCUUCGUAGCCGAGGCUGGCUGCUUCUGGGCUCCUUCUGGCGACGCUUCCUUUUUGUUUAGGAUCCUGGAACUCACAAGAAGUGAGGAAAUAUGAGGAGAUCGAGCGUACAAACCGGCAGCCGAGCCAUCACGCUACCAGUCACUCGGCUGUCGGCUGUGUGUCGUUCUCUGGCUAAGAACGUAAUAGGCCACCAACCUUGUGUCGAUAUAUAUGUAAUCAUCUCUAAUCCAAUCCCCCCUCCAACAUCCUCUCCUAUCUCCCCCUCUGACUGCUCCGUCUUUACCCUCGGUGCUCACUCAGCACUUACUCACUCAAUCCAUCUCUUCAGCGACUCGCCUCCCGUUCCGUUCCACAUCUUUUCCGUUCUGUCUUUUUCUUUUUUUUUGUGAAGAUGAUUGCGCAAAAGCCCCAGCCCGCGAGAGUUGCAACUGCACCGGUAGCAGUUGAAACAUGUUUCCAGUUAUUCCGUUUGCCUUUUUGUUUCGUCUUUUUGAGCGUCGAAUUGCAUAGAGAAACAGCCGGGGCUUGUGAGAGCGAGAGCGGAUUUCGAGUGUCUGUGACUCGGAGCGGAAACAGGAGCAGCCUAGAGGUCUAUAGACUAGUUGCCCGAGCUGCUCCUGCUUCUGCUCCUGCUGCUGUUGGUGGGGGUUUUUUAUUUUUAUUAUUUUUUUUUUCAUCCACACACGGGCUCUCAAUCCCUCCUGGGCUCUCGCUGAUGCUUUAUUUGAUUUUGUUGCUGCGUUUUUGUAUGUUGGUUGGGUUCUCUCUCUCUCUUUCUCUGGCUCCUUUUUGUUGUCCCUCCCCGUUUCCUCCAUAUAUUCUCUCGCUAUUGAUCGAAUGAAGCCAAGAGGUGUACUACUAGAGCAAGGAGGGCGUGUGUGUUGAUAUCCACCGCCGUCGCCAUUCCAGACGAGGUACACACAAGUCUCUCUAUACUUGUAUGGCAAUUCGUUUACCAGUCAAUAGCGUCUCAACGAGACGCGUCAAUACUAUAUACACUCAUCUUUUUAACGAUCCCAUCACCGCCACAUAGAAUACUACCCGGCUCGAUUUACUCGAUAAGAAUUCCUAACUCUCUACAUAGAAUUUAUCGGCCUCUGCGUGACCCAACCGGAAAGCGGUGUCAAAUACUACUCGCUUCCAUCGAUUUUAGACCAUGGCACUUGUGCAGACGGGACUAUGUAACAUUUUUUCGACUGAUUAAGCUUCAAUCAAGCUUCAAAGUAUUUUCGGUAUUUUAAAAAUGAUUUGGUUUGGGUCUCGAAUUUUCCACGGAAACGGUUCACAUCAACUGUUUUUUGUUGAUUUUUUUGUUGUCUUUCUUUCUUUGGGUUUUAUCUAUUCCUUUUUCCUCCUCGUUGCGGUUGUUACGUUAGUGUGUCGCUCUCCCAGACCACGAAAAAGUAAUGCCAGGCCAGUUUUUUUUUGGCUGUCGUUGUCUUUGCUUUUAUUUUCUAGUUGUUAUUCCGGUAUAGUUCAACACACACACUACAGGAGCCGAGCCCCUCUCUCUCCCUCACUCAGUGCAGCUAACUAUAUAGAGCUGGUGCCUAGCUGCUGUGGAACACACAACGCUUGUGGCAAGCGUAGGAGAAAGGAGUAGGGACGACGACAACCCAUAGUACAGCUACUCUCAGUUGGCAGGCACCCUCAGUCGUUCGCCAUCCAUCCGCCAGUGUGGAGGGCGCUCAACCAACGCCAGAAAAGAAAAAAAGAAAAUAUAUAUAUCUAGCCCCCGAAAAAAGAAAAGAAGGUUAGGACGAUCGAGCCCAGCAACUCCGGGGUGUGUGUGUGUCUGUCAAGAGUAUUGAGGCGCGCAAUAGAUGUGAUGUCGUUGGGUCCUGCCGUUGUCUCCACUCUCUGGACGAACCUCAAGCUAAACAUGUUAACCGUGUCGUCGACAAAUUGGCGUGUCGGUGCAAAUGCCUAGGAGCCGUGUCUGGGCUCACACACACGUAGCGUUUGUCCGUCACCAGUGGUCCCUCCGUGAAACAGUGUCGUUUAUUGUCAAGCUCUAUUAUACCUGAGACGGAGAGAAAAACGAAAGGAUACAGCACCUAUAAUGCCGUGUGACCAGAUUACUGGUGUCCUGUCAAAUGCCCGGCCAUUUUGUCCGUUUGUGGAUCGUGAACCGAUGGAUCAUCAUCACAAGUCCGGCAAUGGCGGUGGCUGAUGGGUGAUAACUCUUUACUCCACCAGUUUUAGUUUGAUUCGUCUCUCUCUCUCUCACACUCACUCACUCACGAUUCCGAGCAGCAUCAGCAUCUUCCUCAGCCAUUAUCGAUCCAUCGGAAGGAAUUUCCUUUUUUGGCUUGGCCCUUUUUGAACUGCUGACGAGGUUAUUUCCUGCGUAUCGAUAAUAUGACCGAGACGGUGAGAGGCACGGAGAGUCCCGAUUUCUAUGGACAGCCGAGAAGUCCGCCACCGUUGCACUCUUCGAAAUCGAGUAGCAACAGCCGGAGGAGACGAUCGGGUGGCAUCCAUGACGAUGUGGACGAGACCAGCGGGUCCGGUCGUCAUCAUUACCGUACGGCGUCGGUCUCCCAGCAGCGUCUCUCGUUGCCAGAAGACGGCAAAUCGACGACCGUUUUUGGCGCGACGUUUCGAAAUCGACCUGCCAGCUUGUCGCCCUUCCGGCCUGGCAGCAGGUCCGGCAAGCAGCGUGGAGGUGAAGUAGACGAUCGAUGCCAACAGCAUCAGCAGCAGCAGCAGCAGAGAAGCGAUGGAGUAGGAGGAGGAGGAGGAUCGCGUUCGCUCAAUGCACAGCAGGACAAUAACUGCGGCAGCCGGAGCAGUAACAGCAGCACAAUCUGGCGACAUCCGUCCGUCGACCAUCAUCAUAACUCGACGGCGCCAGCGUUGCCAUCGGCAGCAUCCUCCUCUUUCUCUUCGGCUUCUUCCGGUCUCUUCAAUUGGCGCAAAAAGUACCCGCGUCGAUCGAGUUCCAGCUCGGUGGUUCCCACAUCGUCGGCUUCGUCAUUUUUCACGUCUUGUGUCGCCGCUCCGCCGGCCGACCCCGUUCACUCGGUGGCAACCAACCAACCAAGGCACCACCAGCCGCCAACGCGAGCGGCCGAAACGACCGCACCGUCGACUCCGCCGUCGACUUCGUCAAGACGCAGUUCCCAGCCGGCCGCCUUCUCUCUGCCCCAGUUGGUCCGCCGCUCUCUCCAGCCUUUGAUAUCCUCGUCGCCGUCGACGGACGCCGACGACCAGUCCGACUCUGUCGGCACCAAAUUGCGCUACAUGAAGUGCAAACAGUUCAAACGGAUGCUGAACAAAGAGCUGAGCCAUUUUUCCGAAUCCAGUCGAUCGGGCAACCAGAUCUCCGAGUACAUCUGUUCGACAUUCUUGGAUAAACAACAAGAGUUGGAUUUGCCGUCGCUGCGCGUCGACGAUUCAGAGACGGAAAAGGCCCGUUUAUCAGCCUCGGGACCGCGAAAGUCCAAGGAUGGUGGCAAGGAUGGUUUCACGUUGGGCGGAUCUGUUACGUCAUCGUCAUCAUCGUCGGGGACAGUGGUCGCCUUGUCAGCUAAAAGUGGAGCUACUCCGGCCUCGUCAUCGGCGUCGUCGAGUCACGUGGGCCGGGCCAUGUCACACAUAUCCGGCGUUAAGAGACCGUUGAGUCACUCGAACAGUGUCACCACCUCGGAGAAGGUGGCCAAAUACGGGGUGGACACAGCCAAUGAACAUGAACUCGGAAAGUUUCUGGACGAAGUCGACCGCUGGGGUAUCGACAUUUUCAGAAUAGCGGAACUGUCCAGCAAUCGACCGCUGACGGCCGUGACGUACGCCAUUUUCAAAGAGCGCGGUCUUAUGAACGCCUUCAAGAUACCCGACAAGACUUUGGUCUCUUUCCUGAUGACGCUCGAGGAUCACUACGGCAAGGAGGUGCCCUACCAUAAUCACUUUCACGCUGCUGAUGUCACUCAGUCCACCCACGUUCUACUUAAUUCUCCUGCAUUAGAGUCGGUGUUUACCAAUUUGGAAAUUAUGGCGGCCAUCUUCGCCGCAACUAUUCACGACGUCGAUCACCCCGGUCUCACCAAUCAAUUUCUGAUCAAUACAAGUUCCGAAUUGGCUCUCAUGUAUAACGAUGAAUCCGUGCUGGAGAAUCAUCAUCUGGCGGUGGCGUUCAAGUUGUUGCAAAGCCCCGAUUGCGACAUUUUCAGCAAUUUGAACAAGAAGCAGCGGCAAACCCUGCGCAAGAUGGUCAUCGACAUGGUCUUGGCUACCGACAUGUCGAAGCACAUGAGUUUGCUGGCCGAUUUGAAAACGAUGGUGGAAACGAAGAAAGUGGCCGGCUCGGGUGUCCUACUCCUGGACAACUACACCGAUCGCAUUCAGGUGCUUCAAAACAUGGUGCACUGCGCUGAUUUGAGCAAUCCAACCAAACCGUUGGACAUUUACCGUCGCUGGGUAUCGCUUAUCAUGGAAGAGUUCUUCCAACAGGGUGACCGUGAACGUGAACAAGGCCUCGAUGUCAGCCCGAUGUGUGACAGGCAGAAUGCUACCAUCGAAAAGUCGCAGGUGGGCUUCAUCGAUUACAUUGUGCAUCCUCUUUGGGAAACUUGGGCCGAUUUGGUGCAUCCAGACGCUCAGGACAUACUCGACGGAUUGGAGGAUAAUCGCGACUGGUACUUUAGCAUGAUACCUCCUUCACCACCUCCCGCUCAGUCGGACAACACUCCUGUCGAUCAAUCAGACGAUACGGGCGAAAACACGGAAACAGGAGAGGCUGACGACGUCAACCGAAUAGAGAGCGAAGAUGGUCACUGGCGCUCCAGCAACGCUCUGUCCGUCCCUUCUGAACGCAUCCAGUUUCAAAUCACGCUGGAAGAGGGCGAGAGCGGCAACGAAGAAGACGACUAAAAAAGAACCGUCGAGUUCUUCUGGUACCACAUCGUUCAACAUCCACCCACACAGAUUCAAACAAAGAAACACGGAAACACACACACACGCAUUCGUCACACUUUGAUGACAUUCUCACUCACACGUAUCUACACGUUUUAAUGCUAACGUGACAAAAAUAAUCAUCAUCAGUUACAUACUAUAAACAUCACACUUUUAAUUUAAGGGGGAAAAAAACCAAACAAAAAAAUCACCUUCCGGAUUGUCGGGGUAGAGCACACUCUGCUGCUGUGGGUCAUUUUGACUUUCGACCACAUCUUCGUACGCUUAAAAACUCAAGUGAUGGCUCUUCUUCUUUUUAAGAUAAUAUUAAUGACUUUAUAUUAUAUUGACUGUAUUUGUAAAAUUUAAAAAAAAAAAAAAGAGAGAGGAAGUAAUUCGUAUUUCUCUAUAUUACAGAAAAAUGAGAAUGCAAAGAAAGGGAAAUACUUAUUAUUCCUGUGCAUUAGUUUUUGAUUAACAGCGCCGGUACUUUAUAAAUUCUGUAUCGCUAUUACUGAUUCGGUUUCAAAAUUGAACUGGUUUUUCUAUAUUUAUAUUUAAGUUAAACAGAAAUCUAAAAAAUCAAAUGAAAUUAUUCGUUACGUAUACAGUAUAUAUAUAUAUUUCUCUCCUACCCUAGUCCUCACAAAAAAGGCAGCUGGUACUGUUCGACCUGGGAAAGAGAGGGGAUAUUCAAAAGGCAUUUAGAACAUAUUUAGACGAGUAAAAAAACCAAACCAAAACAAACAAACGUUUAAAUGCCGUAACAGAGUGCUUGUUCGCGUUUCAAAACUCCUUCAGAGUGAAACGUGAAAUCAAUCGGGCGCCAAAAUAAUUGAGAGACGGCUAGACACAUUAGCUCUAUCUCACUUCGAUAUACCCUGAGUAAUUAUCGUCGGCCAUUGCCAAAGCUUACAUUACAUCUACAUUUACAUAAACCUGUUGUUAUUCUAUAUAUUUUUUUUUCUUUUUUGCUACUAUUAUUAUUGUUGUUUUUUUCUAUUUUGUUCGGCAUGUUUUUGGAAACCUCUCGACGAUGCAGCUUAUUCACUCCCUCCUGCCACGAUACUGUGCUGUACUGUACACAAGAGUGGAUUUUUCAGGUCCUCUUUUUUUGAUGAGGGAUUGUUUGUUUUGUUUUGUUUUGUACUAAAACAAAUGGAUUUUUGUACAGUGUAUGCACAGUUGAAAUUACCUGGUGGGCGACAACAACUCGAUGUUCUAUAUUUUGUUGUUUUCUAUCCAACUCUUUAUUUCGCUAUGACAUAGGUAUUAUAUCACAUGCCUCGGUGCAACAUGAUUUUAAUAGAAAGCCCUCCGCCAUGCAAAAGAACAUUGGGUUAGAGAGUAAUUCAUCCACUCCCAUAUGAACGGUGCGUCCGUGUACAUUAUUAUUAUUAAUAUUAUACACAAAAUUAAAAUAUCAUUAAUCUAUAGUUUUGUGUAUAUAUAUAUAUACAUAUAUAUAUAUAUGGUAAUUGCGAUGAUUGUAUCAUACAUGAAUCUUCAUACCGUUGUAAAUGUUGGCUCUGGUGUGUUAAACGUGUUUGUUAAUUAAAAUGUAUACCUACAUUGGUUCAUCAUCUCAGAUUUAACCAAAAUUUCAUCUAGUAUAUCCUAACCUUUCCUGGCCAUUACCCAAUCCUCCCUAAAUUCAAUGGAUGAUUGGCUAAAAUAUUAGUUUGAAUUGGAACCUUGUUUUAGUUUGGUAUUCCUUUCCAUUGUACAUCCAUUUGUAUCCGUUAGUUUACCCAACUCAAAAACCAACAAGUUCCGUCUCUUGCACAUUUUCACCUUGUUUCCAAAAUUGAACAAAAAACCCAAAAAAAAAAAAAAAAACAAAAAAAAAAACCCAAAAAACAAAAAAAAAAACACAACAUGAACAUGCAUGUACGCUCCGUUAUACUCCCGUCUACCACGAGAUAUCAUAAAGGUUGAAUUGUAUAUUUAAGUGAUACCUUUCUCAAAUACACACACACGUACAGAGA